CCCAGCCCCGGGGCGGUGCCCGCCUACCUGCGCAGCUGGGGCCCGCCUGACCCGCUCCUCUCCUCCCCGCAGUUCGUGGAAAGCGACGAUGAUGAGGAGCUUCUGUUUAACAUCCCGUUUACGGGCAACGUGAAAUUAAAAGGCGUGAUCGUGAUGGGAGAAGAUGACGAUACGCAUCCAGCAGAGAUGAGACUGUUCAAGAACAUUCCUCACAUGUCCUUUGAUGACGCAGCCAGGGAACCAGACCAGAUGUUCAGCCUGAACCGGGAUCCGACAGGAGAGCUGGAGUACUCUACCAAAAUUGCCCGUUUCUCCAAUGUUUACCACCUCUCCAUCCACUUCCCGAAGAACUUUGGAGCGGAGACAACGAAGAUUUUUUAUAUAGGCCUGAAAGGAGAGUGGACAGAGGCUCAUCGCCACGAAGUCACCAUCUGCAAUUACGAAGCAUCAGCAAACCCAGCUGAUCACAAGUUGGAACAGAUCACCCCACAGACUCACUUCAUCUCCUAACAGUGCUGUCGGGAAUCUCCCGAAGGCUGUGGUGGUACAAGGGUAUGGACGUGAUGGGGCUGACUUGGAGAGAAAUGGCUUCCUGAAGCGCUGGAGAAUGUUGGAUCAGCUUUAUGUUUUGGUCUUUGCCGUGGAAAGCAGAGUGCCCAGCGUGCAAAGGAAGGCAGCCGCUGAGGGCGGCGGGGCGUUGGGUCCUGGGGAAGGCAGCAGAUCUGCUCGCCUAGCGGGAGACGCGGUCUUUAGGCGGAGGCGAGCUCGCGUCUGGUACCGGUUACUUCUCUGACUGCCAAUAAAACGCUGAGGUGCAGA